AUGGCGUCCGACACCACGCAACCGCAGAAGGCGCAAAAUGGCACCGAGCUGCCCUCCGCCGUGGCACCUCAGAAGAAACUACUAGGAAGACAGUUCUACGAAAGCAUUGGAAGCCCUAAGUAUAUUGUGGCUCCCAUGGUUGACCGAUCUGAGUUUGCCUGGCGCAUGCUCACACGAUCCUUCAUACCCGAGGACGAGUCAAAGUCCCUUCUCGCAUAUUCCCCCAUGUAUCACGCACGUCUAUUUGGAGAACAGGAACGUGUCCGCUCCGGGUGUUUCCAACCCACUCGUGCCGCCAUUGGAGAUUCGAACAGGAAGGACGAGCUCUUCCUCGACGGAAAUCCCUCAUUCGACCGCCCCCUCUUCGUUCAAUUCUGCGCAAACGACCCAAAUGAGUUCCUGGAAGCAGCGAAACACGUUGCGCCCUUCUGCGACGCCGUCGAUUUAAACCUCGGUUGCCCGCAAGGUAUUGCCAGGAAGGGACACUACGGUGCCUUUCUCCAGGAGGACUGGGAUCUGAUCUAUAAACUCAUCAAUAAGCUAUCCACUGAACUCUCAGUACCCAUUACGGCAAAGUUCCGCAUCCAAGAAACGAAGGAGAAGACUUUGGAAUAUGCGAAGAUGAUUCUCUCCGCCGGUGCGAACAUUAUCACAGUCCAUGGACGUCGCCGAGAGCAGAAGGGUCAUGAAACAGGUCUGGCAGAUUGGAGCUACAUCCGCUACCUGCGCGACAAUCUACCAUCAGAGACUGUGAUCUUUGCCAAUGGAAACAUCUUGAGCAAUGACGAUAUCGAGCGUUGUCUGGAGGCAACCGGUGCUGACGGCGUCAUGAGUGCCGAGGGAAACCUUUCCGACCCCACGGUCUUCAGCAAGCCACCACCCGUUGGUAGUGAAGGCCGAGAGUACUGGCGGGGUCGAGAUGGAAAGGGAGGGUACCGUAUUGAUGCUAUCCUGCGCAAAUAUUACGACAUCAUCUACAAAUAUGUCCUCGAGCAACCUGUUCCGGAGCGCAAGCCGCUUUUCCUGCCAUCAGACCCCGUGGAUGCGGCGGAAGAAGCAAAGGAAGAGGAGCAGAAUGAGGAGGAAGACGGCCCGCCAAAGAAGAAACAGAGACGAGAGAAGGUCAAGAGGACCAGCUCCCCUAACCUUGGAUUCAUGCAGGGUCAUCUUUUCCAAGUACUCCGGCCCAUGGUUGGAACCCACACAAAUGUUCGAGAUGCGCUUGCUCAAUCCCGGCCUGGUGAUAUGGCCGCGUUUGAGAAAGUUCUCACUCUCAUUGAGCGAGCAAUCAAGACUGGACUGAAGGAAUAUGAACAAACCCCCGAGAAAUUCGAGAAACAACCAGACGAGUCUUUAACAGGCUCCAAGGCUACCAUCGCCGAGUAUGGUCGUCCUUGGUGGGUGUGUCAGCCGCACAUCCGACCUCUGCCCGAGGAGGCUAGAGAGAGCGGUGCUCUCACUGCCAAAGGUACGGUAACUACAUCUAAGGCGAAGGCCGACGCCCGAAAAGAAGGAACCGACGGAAACUCAGACACCUACUUCGGAGGGCACUUCCACCCCAGCCAAUGGAAAUGGCACUGA